AUGGACGAUAAAAGGCCACCAAACAAUGUGAGUGAACACUUUACACGAGUGUUAGAAGGUGAGACUAAACAAGUUAUAAUGGACGAUAAAAGGCCACCAAACAAUAUGACACAAAGAUUUAUGACAAAGUGUGAAGUGAAAAAUGAUAUUGAACUCUUACAAGAUCUACAUAAACUACACAAAUGCAUUAAACCAUUCAUCUUGAUUUCACGACCAACUCACCGGUUGCCUCACUCCUGCGGCUCCUCCUCCCUCCCUCCUCGUGGCUCCUCCUCCUCCCUCGCUCCUCGUGGCUCCUCCUCCCUCACCUCUCCUCCUCCCUUGCUCCUCGUGCCUCCACAUCUCUCGCCGCCGCUGGAGCGCCUCCACAUCUCCCACCACCGCUGGAGCGCCUCCACAUCUCUCGCCACCGCUGGAGCGCCUCCACAUCUCUCGCCACCGCUGGAGCGCCUCCACAUCUCUCGCCAACACUGGGGCGCCUCCACAUCUCCCACCACCGGUGGAGCGCCUCCACAUCUCCCGACACCGCUGGAGCGCCUCCACAUCUCCCGCCACCGCUGGAGCGCCUCCACAUCUCCCGCCACCGCUGGAGCGCCUCCACAUCUCCCGCCACCGCUGGAGCGCCUCCACAUCUCCCGCUACCGCUGGAGCGCCUCCACAUCUCUCGUCACCACUGGAGCGCCUCCACAUCUCUCGCCACCGCUGGAGCGCCUCCACAUCUCUCCCGCCAACACUGGGGCGCCUCCACAUCUCCCGCCACCGCUGGAGCGCCUCCACAUCUCCCGCCACCGCUGGAGCGCCUCCACAUCUCCCGCCACCGCUGGAGCGCCUCCACAUCUCUCGCCACCGCUGGAGCGCCUCCACAUCUCCCGCCACCGCUGGAGCGCCUCCACAUCUCCCACCACCGCUGGAGCGCCUCCACAUCUCUCGCCACCGCUGGAGCGCCUCCACAUCUCUCGCCACCGCUGGAGCGCCUCCACAUCUCCCGCCACCGCUGGAGCGCCUCCACAUCUCCCGCCACCGCUGGAGCGCCUCCACAUCUCUCGCCACCGCUGGAGCGCCUCCACAUCUCUCGCCACCGCUGGAGCGCCUCCACAUCUCUCGCCACCGCUGGAGCGCCUCCACAUCUCCCGCCAACACUGGGGCGCCUCCACAUCUCCCACCACCGCUGGAGCGCCUCCACAUCUCCCACCACCGCUGGAGCGCCUCCACAUCUCCCACCACCGCUGGAGCGCCUCCACAUCUCUCGCCACCGCUGGAGCGCCUCCACAUCUCCCGCCAACACUGGGGCGCCUCCACAUCUCCCACCACCGGUGGAGCACCUCCACAUCUCCCGCCACCACUGGAGCGCCUCCACAUCUCCCGCCAACACUGGGGCGCCUCCACAUCUCCCACCACCGGUGGAGCGCCUCCACAUCUCCCGCCACCACUGGAGCGCCUCCACAUCUCCCGCCACCACUGGAGCGCCUCCACAUCUCCCGCCAACACUGGGGCGCCUCCACAUCUCCCACCACCGCUGGAGCGCCUCCACAUCUCCCACCACCGCUGGAGCGCCUCCACAUCUCCCACCACCGCUGGAGCGCCUCCACAUCUCUCGCCACCGCUGGAGCGCCUCCACAUCUCCCGCCAACACUGGGGCGCCUCCACAUCUCCCACCACCGGUGGAGCACCUCCACAUCUCCCGCCACCACUGGAGCGCCUCCACAUCUCCCGCCAACACUGGGGCGCCUCCACAUCUCCCACCACCGGUGGAGCGCCUCCACAUCUCCCGACACCGCUGGAGCGCCUCCACAUCUCCCGCCACCGCUGGAGCGCCUCCACAUCUCCCGCCACCGCUGGAGCGCCUCCACAUCUCCCGCCACCGCUGGAGCGCCUCCACAUCUCCCGCUACCGCUGGAGCGCCUCCACAUCUCUCGUCACCACUGGAGCGCCUCCACAUCUCUCGCCACCGCUGGAGCGCCUCCACAUCUCCCGCCAACACUGGGGCGCCUCCACAUCUCCCGCCACCGCUGGAGCGCCUCCACAUCUCCCGCCACCGCUGGAGCGCCUCCACAUCUCCCGCCACCGCUGGAGCGCCUCCACAUCUCUCGCCACCGCUGGAGCGCCUCCACAUCUCCCGCCACCGCUGGAGCGCCUCCACAUCUCCCACCACCGCUGGAGCGCCUCCACAUCUCUCGCCACCGCUGGAGCGCCUCCACAUCUCCCGCCACCGCUGGAGCGCCUCCACAUCUCCCGCCACCGCUGGAGCGCCUCCACAUCUCCCGCCACCGCUGGAGCGCCUCCACAUCUCUCGCCACCGCUGGAGCGCCUCCACAUCUCUCGCCACCGCUGGAGCGCCUCCACAUCUCUCGCCACCGCUGGAGCGCCUCCACAUCUCCCGCCAACACUGGGGCGCCUCCACAUCUCCCACCACCGCUGGAGCGCCUCCACAUCUCCCACCACCGCUGGAGCGCCUCCACAUCUCCCACCACCGCUGGAGCGCCUCCACAUCUCUCGCCACCGCUGGAGCGCCUCCACAUCUCCCGCCACCACUGGGGCGCCUCCACAUCUCCCACCACCGGUGGAGCACCUCCACAUCUCCCGCCACCACUGGAGCGCCUCCACAUCUCCCGCCAACACUGGGGCGCCUCCACAUCUCCCACCACCGGUGGAGCGCCUCCACAUCUCCCGCCACCACUGGAGCGCCUCCACAUCUCCCGCCACCACUGGAGCGCCUCCACAUCUCCCGCCAACACUGGGGCGCCUCCACAUCUCCCGCCACCACUGGAGCGCCUCCACAUCUCCCACCACCGGUGGAGCGCCUCCACAUCUCCCACCACUACUGGAGCGCCUCCACAUCUCCCGCCAACACUGGGGCGCCUCCACAUCUCCCGCCACCACUGGAGCGCCAUUACAUCUCCCACCACCACUGGAGCGCCUCCACAUCUCCCACCACCGCUGGAGCGCCUCCACAUCUCUCACCACUGUAUUACUGGCAUCAGAUGGUUCUCUUGUCUCCGUCGGGACGCUGAGAGCAUCUGGAGUAGUCACUAUACUGCUCCCUGA